GUGAUUACGUUGUGUGGUUGAAUUUCGCGACUUUUCUGAAGUUUUCCAAGAAUGUCUCGCAACUUUUACGCCAACCAGCUAGAGCGAGAGUUCCGACCGACUCGCCUCGGCAACUGGGAGGUACCGUCGUGGUUGCCUCAGAGACCUCGCGCACGCAAGACCACCACAAAGAUCAUCGUCAACGACCGCGGACAUCUACUGCCUGGUGUACAAAGACCUCCUCAGAACCCUUGGGGAUCCUUCCGCGGCACCUGGCAGCUGCCGAACAAGAUAUCUAGGAAAUUCGCCUCGGAACUUACAAGACCAAGUGGAGCACUUUCAUCCUGGGAGAAACGCUCGGCUCAUGUACCUAUUAUAGAGUCUUCCAAACUACCACCAAGCAGACCAAAGAAGUCGUCAAAUAAGGAUCAAUCGGAGCAUCAGUUAAGGCCACAAGACAGUUUACGACGCCUGAGUCCUCUACCCGUCAAUGAUCGACAACCUUACGACAAGCAUCAUGAACUUGACUACUCGCGCUCUCUGGCUCGCGAAAGGUCUCCAGAGGUCAUCAACACGUCUCAGAAUGUACAGGAUGAUAUUAAUGAGUACACAAAGAAUGUUCACUCGCCGGUAAACAAGGACCAACAUCAUGAUCAUAACGGCUCGAGGAGGGAUUCGUCCCCUCAUGACUCUGGAGUGGAAGUAGACGAGCUGGAUUGUAGAGGUCCUCCUCUAGCCAGUGUCUACUGCAGCGCUGAGCACGCCAAGAACUUGAAACUAGAGAACCAAAAACAUCAGCCACUGCCUGAUACUAUUGAGGACAGCUUGUACAGGUCACUGCAGCUGAAGCAAACAAAGCACCCUGGCAUGGGCCUAAAUGUCCAGCCUCGAGCCGCAGCUGUGGGGGUCAAAGGUUACGGGGCACCAGCUCCAACACAGUGUAGCAAACUUAAAGUGUACAGACCAAAAACUGCUGGCAACAUACACCGGAGGGAGUCUCGCGAUGAGCAGGUCCGUCCAAAAACAUCUCAGCCGAAGCGGAAAGAGCACAUGUCAGAAAUAGAGCUAGCUUUGUGUUGGGACUUUAAACCUGUCCACCCUUCUGAUGAACCGAAGCGCUCGCCACACAUUGAUGGAAGCAACGGAAGUGCUGCACCAGCUGUGUUUGCUCUGGUUCAUCAACCUCCGACACCUCACGAAGAUAUGAGAACCCCAAGACCUUCGACAGGAGACGGUAAAAUGGAGAAGAGACAUUCAGUCGACAGUUUAAAGUCGAUAUCUAGAGAAAGCGCAGACAGGGCGAGAUCUCGACCAAAGACAGCUUGGGGUGAUGAGGUAAAAGCGAAGCAACUACAAGACAAACUAAAGAGACUACAAGAGCGGUCAAAUCCGUCAGCAGUAAUGGAUAUAAUCAACAACAACACAAAAGAAAACAAUAAUCCGAAUAUCGUACUCGGCACAAGGAAAACAUCAUCCGGGUCCGAUCACAUGAGAAGAAAAAGUUUGAGCGGUCAACAAUCUUUGAAAUCAUCAGAUAUCGAUUCGCACAAGAUGUCUAAGCAGAAACACUAUCAAAGUUCACCCAACCUAGCCAACAUCGGAGUACAAACCAACGGUGACGGUAAAAGUAAAAAUAGACUGCUGAACAACCGACCCUGUAUGGCAUGUGAUGCUAAAACUUCUCCCUCCGAAUCAGUCAAAGACGAGAAAAGGUCAAAAUCUGAGUACAAAAUGGCUUUCAAAGCAGGCAAACCGAACAACGGUAGUGGGAACAGUAGCAUGAAUAACAGUCAAGAUUUAAGCAGCACUUCUUCCAGAGCGCAAUCCUCCAAACCUGUUCAUGUUCCGAAGAUGAAACUUCCCUAUGCCAAGAAGAGUUACUCCAUAGGGACUCUGGCACCUCCGUUUUCUCUGUGGCCCGGGACGACGGGCCAAGAUUACCCCGAACACUGGAGACUGGCCUCGGUUUAUCAACAUUCCUUCAAACCUGUCGAACUGCGGAGAAAACCGUUACUUCAGAGUGUGUAUCAGUAGUCAUUGGAUAACUAAGUCCAACAUAGAGGUGUGCAAGCAGCUUGACUUUCAAGCCUAGCCUAGCCUACAAUCUCGAGAGAUUGGGCACCAAGUCAAAAAAUCGAGCUAGAACCAAGCUUUUAUCAUCGUAAUUACGUGUCUGCAAAGAUCGAAGUCAAACAUUUCUCACGUUCACCUCAAUUAUGACGACGAGACUGACUGUGAUCCAGAGAGACGAUGAUGAUCUCUACACAA